GGCACCUCCGACAGAUAAUUGGGAAGGGUUUCCAGAAGGUGGGAAAUGUCACCUGAUUCACACUGAACUUUUAAAAGCUCCCCACCCCCAAGGAGCCGCGCACACCCUCGCUCGCGGCCGCCCUCCCACGGCCCCACACACUGGGAGACCGCCCACCGCAAACCGCGGAGACCCCCGUCUAGAUUUAAAGCGCGGCUGCGCCCGGCUUCUGACGUCCAUUGAAUCGCGCGGGCGGCCGGCGGCGAGCGCGGGGCUGCGCCGGGAUCGCUGCGCCCUCCGCCGCUGGCCUCUGCGACGCGCGCCGCUCGCCCGAGCCACCCGCCGCCGCGCUCCUCGCCCCGCGCCUGCCCCCAGGAUGGUCCGUGCGAGGCACCAGCCCGGCGGGCUUUGCCUCCUGCUGCUGCUGCUCUGCCAGUUUAUGGAGGACCGCAGCGCCCAGGCUGGGAAUUGCUGGCUACGCCAAGCGAAGAACGGUCGCUGCCAGGUCCUGUACAAGACAGAACUGAGCAAGGAGGAGUGCUGCAGCACCGGCCGCCUGAGCACCUCGUGGACCGAGGAGGACGUAAAUGACAACACGCUCUUCAAGUGGAUGAUUUUCAAUGGGGGCGCCCCCAACUGCAUCCCCUGUAAAGAAACGUGUGAGAAUGUGGACUGUGGACCCGGGAAAAAAUGCCGAAUGAACAAGAAGAACAAACCCCGCUGCGUCUGUGCCCCAGAUUGUUCCAACAUCACUUGGAAGGGUCCAGUCUGUGGGCUGGAUGGGAAAACCUACCGCAAUGAAUGUGCACUCCUCAAGGCCAGAUGUAAAGAGCAGCCAGAACUGGAAGUCCAGUACCAAGGCAAAUGUAAAAAGACUUGUCGGGAUGUUUUCUGUCCAGGCAGUUCCACGUGUGUGGUGGACCAGACCAAUAAUGCCUACUGUGUGACGUGUAAUCGGAUUUGCCCGGAGCCCACAUCCUCUGAGCAAUAUCUCUGUGGGAACGAUGGAGUGACCUACUCCAGUGCCUGCCACCUGAGAAAGGCUACCUGCCUGCUGGGCAGAUCUAUCGGAUUAGCCUAUGAGGGAAAGUGUAUCAAAGCAAAGUCCUGUGAAGACAUCCAGUGCACUGGAGGAAAAAAAUGUUUAUGGGAUUUCAAGGUUGGGAGAGGCCGGUGUUCCCUCUGCGAUGAGCUGUGCCCUGACAGUAAAUCGGACGAGCCAGUCUGUGCCAGUGACAAUGCCACUUAUGCCAGCGAGUGUGCCAUGAAAGAAGCUGCCUGCGCCUCAGGUGUGCUGCUGGAAGUGAAGCACUCCGGAUCUUGCAACUCCAUUUCGGAAGAUACCGAGGAAGAGGAGGAAGAUGAAGACCAGGACUACAGCUUUCCUAUAUCUUCUAUUCUAGAGUGGUAAACCCUCCACAAGUGUUCAGUGUUGGCAUAGCCUUUGGGCAAAAAAAAAAAAAAGGGAAAAAAAGAAAGAAAAAGGAAAAAGAAAAGAAAAAAAUAGAAAAAAUAUAUUGUCCAUACUGUAAAUAAGUGUAUGCUUAUUUAUUUGGGGGGAAAACUAUACAUUAAAGGACCUUUGUCCUAAAGCUCUCUCCCAGGCCACCUUGUUACUCAUUGGACAUGGAGAGGCGGUCGUUGUGAGGUCUACUGGAUGAGGCCCAUAGUUGAGACUUGUAGACAUUUAUUUAUACUGUGUCAUGUUUUAUAAUUUAUACAUAAAAUAUCUGGUUGACUGUACACCUUGUUUUUGAAGAAAUUUAUUCGUGAAAGGAAGAGCAGUUGUUAUUUAUUGUGAGGUCUCUUGCUUGUAAAGUAAAAGCUUUUUUUUCCUUGUAAACCAUUUAAGUCCAUUCCUUAUGAUUCACUCACUCAUCUGUUUCCCUUCAUUUCACUGUUGUUAGACUCUUUUCCACUUUUAACAAACUUGCAUGUCAGUUUCUGUCAUGUUUAUUUAUUGGAUUCUCUGCUGCCUGAUCUGUACAUACAUGAUCCCCUCGGGUUUUGUUUACAAGGAACCUUGACUGACCAAAAGGCAUUAUAACUCUGACUCAAAUACAAGGUACAGAGGAUACACAUCUUUGAGGAAACUCCUACUCCAGCUCUCUUGUUAAGAUGAAGACAUUUUUGAGAGAGGAGAUGAUAGCAAUGUUAGAAUUCUAGUAAUAUACCUUAAAAAUGUUACAGAUCCAAAGAAAUGGAGUGGUGUGGGUGUCAGGAGACUAAAGGAAGGUGAAGGCUACACAUUCACCCUUUUGUUAGGUGUUUCCUUUAAGCUACUCGGCUGUAUCUUUAAAUUAGUUCUUUUUCAACUAAUGUGUCACUAAAAGUUAUAUCAAAGCUUUAUCAGUUCAAGUUUCUUGCUUUUCAUAAUACUUUUUUCUGAUGCAAUUUUAUAUUUUCAAACAUGGCAAGUUAAAUAUAAAUUCAUUUAAAUAUAUAGUUUUGUACUUUUCUACCAUGUAAAUGUGCAGUGUAUAUAAAAGUUAUAAUGUGUAUUUGUAAAUAAAUGAUGAGUGAAAAAAUAAAAAAAUUUUAAAAAGCCAA